UUUCAAUCAAGUAUUCAAAAAUGAUUAUUGAGUCCAAAUUAACACGAUUGCGAUUAGAGAUUCACACCCUCUUUUUCAUCACAGACCAAACAGAGAACACAGACUUUGUUCAUUAAAUAGUCAUCCAUAGCUUGCUGGUUUUUAGAGCUAAAUUGCCAGUGACUAUGGGGUCAACAGUGUUUAUUAAGCUGAAGCUUGGCCAUUAGGGUCCCAGUUUCAUUGGGGUAUAACCACUUCGGUCAACUGGGAAUUACCCUCCCUCACCACACCACCAUUAUUUAGUGACUGAUAUACUAUUUGAGGCCAUGUAGUUCUGUUGUCUCCUCUGGAGUUUUGCCAGGUUAUAUAUGAUGUGUUUAUCUACUGCUGUUGUUGCUGCUUUGAGUUACAAACAAAAAGUUUUCACACAACGAAACAAAGAUUGUGACACCUGCGCUCCUCCUUCACCUGUUGGGUUAAUGAGAGGAUGCAUAGGCUACCCUCUUGAACAUGAAUUAUUCUAUUUUUAAUACACUCACCAUGAUUGGUGUGUUUAUUGUUUUUUUUCUGGUGGUAGCAUACAAAGACUUCUCAAACGGUGAAUGAAUGAGAUACUUUGACGGAGAUGGAGUAGCCAUCAUUUGCUCUGAGUAAACACUGAUCUGCCACCAAAUUCCUUCAAGAACUUCCUUGUCUGUUCGUAUUGAACCCGUCCGUCCAUUACAAAGCCGGCCUAUUCAGGGUAUUGAGUUCAAAUGUACGGGUGGUUUUCCCAAGGGGCCGUUCCUUUCCCGCCCAUACCUCGCUCAGUGACACUGUAGGAGGCUUCAUAGACACAUUUUGGUGAGUAGUUUAGAGAACACUAUAGUGUGAAAUUCAUGUAAGAAAAUACAGAAUUAAGACUUUUCUAUGCGUGCCACACUUCUUUGUGGCAACGUUGACCCUCAAAUAGGCCUCUGAAUCCAAUAUGGAGUUAAACUAAGGAGACAACGAUAAUUGUAGAUAGUUCUCCACUCGACCUCGCUCCAUUGAUCAACCCCACAACCCAAAGCGGUCGUGUUCACAAGACAAUCCAGCACGGUACAAAUGGUGGAGCAGGGCCACAGAGUUUCUUCUCCCUUUGUAUCAUAGUGCAACAUUGACGCAACUUCCCCAUUCAUCUGUCUGUCAGCCACAAUGAGUCACAAGCUCAGGAUAAAAGCAACAAGUCAGAAAAAAAAACAGCCCUUCUGUUCAGCAAGAUAAAAUAAAUAAUGGAAAUGGCGUCAGCUGCAGAUAAGUCUAUGGUGGAUGCAUUUCCUCUCGCCUGUGUGAAUCAACAGAGAGAUGGUGAUAGAGGAGAAUGACAUUGGAUUCUCAUGAAUAUGCAUUGGGAAGUGUUUGUUGGGUGUUGUAGGGUGGUAGCGAUAACUAAAGUCAACAAAAACACCAACGGUGGCUUCAAAGUGAGGGCAGUGGUAGAGGGGGGGAGGGCUUGCGUCGUUACAGUUCAGAUGCUAGCAGGAAGUGCUUGCAGGCUGAAAAUAGGCGUAAGUGGACGACAGUUUCAUUUGCAUAGACACAUUUGCUGUUUUUCGGUCAAGCAUUCAUACAAGCAAAAAGCAUGCAAUCAAAGUGUUUUUUUUAAUUGAAAAGCGACUGGACAGAGUUGAACAGAACAAGGUCAAGGAACGAUGGCAUCAAGCAUAAUGGAAGAAUGCUUCAUUAAGAGAUCGCAACAGAAAAAGAAGACGUCUCCUCUGAACUACAAGGAGAGACUGUUUGUUCUCACGCAGGAUAAACUGUCCUACUACGAGUACGACCAGGACAAGGGGAGGAGGAAAAGUCUCCGGGGAACAGUGGAUCUCCAGAAGGUGAAGUGUGUGGAGAAGGUAUACCCUGAGCACCAUGCUCCCACAGAACGCCUCUACCCAUUCCAGGUCAUAUACGAUGACGGGCCGCUGUAUAUCUUCGCAAAGAAUGGCGAAAUUCAAUCGGAAUGGAUACGAAAACUUAAAGAAAUUGUGCGCUACAACAAGGACCUCAAGCAGAAGUACCAUCCGUGUUUCUGGGUAGACGGCCAGUGGCAGUGCUGUCAACAGGAAGUGAAGCAGGCGAUGGGGUGCAGGGUGUUACAAGGCUUGUCCAAAGACAGCAGAGGGGGCUCUGGGAAACCUCUUCCUCCUACUCCAGUAGAGGAGCCGGCCGUCCAGACGUUGUCUCUGGAGCCCCCCAAGCCCUCACUGUCGGUGGGGAUGACAGUCAUCGCCGAGCACGAGUACAUCCCGCUGUCAGCCCAAGACCUGGAGCUGAAGAAGGACGAGGAGUACACCAUCCUGGAGAUGCCCGACGCCAACUGGUGGCUGGCGCGGGAUAAAUACGGAAGAGAAGGCUACAUACCAAAUAAUUAUGUUGUACAGGCUGGAAAUGUUCUAGAAAGAUAUCCCUGGUAUUGUAAGAAUAUGAACCGGAGCCAAGCAGAGAAUUUGUUAAAAACUGAGAACAAAGACGGUGGGUUUGUAGUGCGGGAUUCCAGGCUCAAGGCUGGGCAGUACACAGUCUCCCUGUUCAGUAAGAUCAGUGGGGAGACGGCUGGGAGCUGUCGACAUUACAACAUCUGCACCACCUCCCAGGGGCAGUUCUACCUGGCCGACAAGCACUUUUUCAGCACCAUCCCAGAACUCAUCACUUACCACCAGCACAAUGCAGCAGGUAUGGUCAGCAGGCUGAAGAUCAUUGUGUCCAACCGGGCCCAUGCGCCAUCCACCGCAGGCCUCGGCUACGGUAUGUGGGAGAUAAACCCGCGUCACCUCACCUUCAUCAAGGAGCUGGGCAACGGCCAGUUCGGCGUGGUCAAGUACGGCAAGUGGCAGGGCCAGCACGACGUGGCCAUCAAGAUGAUCAAGGAGGGCUCAAUGUCGGAGGAAGAAUUCAUAGAGGAGGCCAAAAUCAUGAUGAAGCUCUGCCAUGAGAACCUGGUGCAGCUCUACGGCGUGUGCACCAAGCAGAGGCCCAUCUACAUCGUGACAGAGUUCCUCUCCAACGGCUGCCUGCUCACCUACCUGAAGGAGGGCCUGAAGCAGCACCCCACCAACAUCCAGCUGCUUGAGAUGUGCAAGGACGUGGCCGAGGGCAUGGCCUACCUUGAGUCCAACCAGUACCUCCACCGGGAUCUGGCUGCGAGAAAUUGUUUGGUUGAUACCAACGGCACGGUCAAGGUGACAGACUUUGGAUUGUCACGGUACGUCCUGGAUGAUGAGUACACCAGCUCAGAGGGCUCCAAGUUCCCCGUCCGCUGGUCGCCCCCUGAAGUUCUCCUCUAUCGUAAAUUCAGCAGCAAGUCCGACAUCUGGGCAUACGGGAUCCUCAUGUGGGAGAUCCACACGCUAGGGAAGCUUCCCUACGAGCGCCUCGACAACCAGGCCAUCGUGGACCAGGUGUCCACGGGUUACCGCCUCUACCGGCCCCAGCUAGCCAACGAGAGGGUCUACAGCAUCAUGAAGAGCUGCUGGCCGGAGAAGCCAGAGGAGAGGCCGACCUUCCAAGAGUUGGCAGUCAAUGUUCAAGAUCUGCUUUACGAGUUCCAGUAGUCCUACAGCUGAAAACACACACAAACACACACACACACACACACACACACACACACACACACACACACACACACACACACACACACACACACACACACACACACACAC